AUGCGGAAUCGUAAGGGUGAGCAUGGCAUGGAAGAAGAAUUGCAAGAACUCCUCACGCUGGAGGGAUACACAGGAAGUUACGAGCUCGAGAACAGAGGAGCCAAUGAUCAUCAGCUUAAGCUUUUCACUUAUGCAUCCAUCAUCUCUGCCACUAACAACUUCUCUUCCAACAACAAACUCGGAGAGGGUGGUUUCGGCCCUGUAUAUAAGGGUAGAACAGGAGAGGGCCAAGACAUAGCAGUGAAGCUUCUAUCGCGAAAGUCAGGACAAGGCUUGCUUGAGUUCAAGAAUGAGCUCAUACUCAUCUCUGAGCUGUAG